GGACGCGAGGCCGGACGGGGAUAGAUAUUUAGGUGAUACGUUGGUCGCUACCCUGGUCUGUUCAUUGCGGAGUCUAGAGUCACCUUCCCAUUUUCCUCUUACUCUUCUCUUCCAAUUCUUUAUUCUAUCCAAAAAAUCGGGUCCUAGUAAAGAGUGUUGACCUUGGAAAUCAUCCCAAAAAUGGGUAUCCUCGCCUUCGUCGAGGACAGGCCAACGCCAAAGGCCGUCUACAACUGGCGCGUCUACACUUGCGCAGCUCUCGCAUCCUUCGCAUCAUGUAUGAUCGGCUACGAUUCCGCCUUCAUAGGCACGACAUUAGCCCUUCCAUCAUUCACCGAAGAGUUCCAGUUUGCAUCAUAUAGCCCUAAUGAUCUGGCACUCGUCAAAGCGAACAUUGUCUCCGUCUACCAAGCUGGAGCAUUCUUUGGAUCUUUCGGUGCGUAUGUCUCUAGCUACUUCCUCGGCCGGAGGAGGAGUCUUACCAUUUGGGUGCUGGUCUUCAUUCUUGGCGCGGGAAUGAUGCUAGGUGCAAACCGAGAGCGUGGAUUGGGUCUCAUCAUUGGAGGUCGAGUUCUGGCUGGCCUUGGUGUGGGUGGUGCCUCAAACAUGGUCCCCAUUUACAUCUCGGAAAUGGCGCCUCCUGCUGUUCGAGGUCGAUUGGUUGGCAUCUACGAACUUGGUUGGCAGAUCGGUGGUCUCGUUGGAUUCUGGAUUAACUAUGGCCUUCAGGAAACAAUGACCCCUUCUCACAAGCAAUGGAUCAUUCCUUUUGCCGUGCAACUCAUCCCAGCUGGAAUACUUCUCCUGGGUGCUUUUUGGAUUAAGGAAUCACCCCGAUGGCUUCUCACCAAGGGUCGACGUGAGCAAGCCCUGAAAAACCUCUGCUGGAUUCGUAACUUACCGGCCGAUGACCUCUACAUUGUUGAGGAAGUCGCGGCCAUCGACGCUCAAAUCGAGCAUGACCGAAUCCACAUUGGCCCAGGCUUCUGGAAACCCUUUGCUGCGCUUAAGCAACGAAAGGUCCUCUGGCGCUUCUUCCUCGGUGGCAUGCUCUUCCUAUGGCAAAAUGGAUCUGGAAUCAAUGCAAUAAAUUACUACUCCCCAACUGUAUUCAAAUCUAUUGGUAUCCAAGGAACCAACACUGGUUUUCUAACUACCGGUAUUUUCGGGGUCGUAAAGACCGUCGUCACAAUCUUCUGGCUUCUUUACCUCAUUGACCGCCUCGGCCGCCGCAAUCUGCUCAUGCUUGGUGCUGCAGGAGGAUCCCUCUGUAUGUGGUUCAUUGGUGCUUACAUCAAGCUAUCAAACCCUUCUGCUAAUCAGAAGAACUCAAAACUCUCCUCUGGUGGCAUUGCAGCUAUUUUCUUCUUCUACUUAUGGACGUUCUUUUAUACCCCUUCAUGGAACGGAACGCCAUGGGUCAUCAACUCAGAAAUGUUCAGCCAGAACACUCGAUCCCUCGGUCAAGCCUCCGCCGCAGCAAACAACUGGUUUUGGAAUUUCAUCAUCUCUCGCUUUACACCACAAAUGUUCCUUAAAAUGGGCUACGGCGUCUACUUCUUCUUCGCCUCGCUCAUGAUCCUCUCCAUCCCCUUCGUCUACUUCCUGAUCCCGGAGACAAAGUCUAUUCCGUUGGAGCAUAUGAAUAGACUAUUUGAAAUCAAGCCAGUGAGGAACGCUCAUGGAAUUGUGAUGCAGGAGUUGCAGGAUCAGGAAGAGGAGUUCAGACAUGAUGCUGAGGGCGCAGGGCUGAGUUAUGAGAAGACGAAGAAUGAAGAGAGGGUUGAAAAUGUUCAAGUUUAGCUAUUGGGGCGGAGAACUGACGAUGUGUGUACCGCGCGAUUGAAAAUUGGUCAAUGACUAGUGUGGAG